AUAGAGAGGGAGAGAGGGAGAAUACACACACACAUAAAGUCACUUGAGUAGUGAAAAGCAUAAAAGAGUGCUUAGCUUUUGGAAAGAAAAUCUCUUGCUUAUUCUUCCAAAAACCAUCAAAGGCUGAUUUUAAAGGGAAUUUUCUAUUUAUUGAUUUAUCAAUCCAUCAUCAUCAUCAUCAUCAUCUCUCUUGCCUUUUAUCCAUUCCUCUCUCCUGCCUUGAAGCUGUGCAAGAAGGAACAUAUAGGCCCGGGAGAUGCACUCACCCGUUCCAAAGGAUAGAUGUCGCACCAGAGCCCCCUCUCAUUCUCCAAAUGAGUUAUCUGAAUUUCAAGUUACAAGACAAACAACUGUGCAAGCUUGAGGAGGAGGCUGCCAGCUCUGUUUUGGAGUAAACUGAGAGCAGUGGGAAGAAAGAGAAAAAGAGAGGAUACACACACACAAACAUCUCUCCUCAAGAGCCCAGAUGAAAACAAGGCAACUGCUGGUUUUCGAAGAACAAACUUUGAGCCAUGUGUGUCUUCUGAUUCAGCAAAGACUCUCUCUGUGUGUGGGAACAGCUGCUGAAGCGCUGAAGUUGUCCUUCCCUCUCUAGAAUACAGGAGUGACAGAACGGGAGGUUUGGGCAGAAAGCAUCAGCUUCAAGAACUACAAGCAGCAGUUGCUGCUGCUGCUGCUGCUGAUUCAGUCCGCUGAGCCAACGCUGCUGACUGCAAGAGGAGCGAGUAUUUCCCUUCCAAAGAAAGAGAAAGAUCUAAGCAAUGAUGAAGACUAUGUCCAGUGGGAACUGCACCUUGAACGUGCCAGCCAAAAACUCCUACCGCAUGGUUGUCCUUGGAGCCUCCAGGGUGGGCAAGAGCUCCAUCGUCUCGCGGUUUCUCAAUGGCCGCUUUGAGGACCAGUACACACCCACGAUUGAGGAUUUCCAUCGCAAAGUCUACAACAUCCGGGGUGAUAUGUAUCAGCUAGACAUCUUGGACACAUCUGGGAACCAUCCGUUCCCUGCCAUGAGGAGACUUUCCAUACUCACAGGAGACGUUUUCAUCUUAGUGUUCAGUUUGGAUAGCAGAGAGUCCUUUGAUGAGGUCAAAAGGCUCCAGCAGCAGAUCCUUGAAGUCAAAUCCUGCCUGAAGAACAAGACCAAGGAAACAGGCGACCUACCCAUGGUGAUCUGUGGCAACAAAAACGAUCAUGGUGAACUCUACCGCAAAGUUCGUUCUGAGGAAGCAGAGAAGCUGGUCUCUAGCGAUGAGAACUGUGCUUACUUUGAAGUCUCGGCCAAGAAGAACACCAACGUCAACGAGAUGUUCUAUGUUCUUUUCAGCAUGGCCAAGCUGCCCCACGAGAUGAGUCCCGCCCUUCACAGGAAGAUCUCUGUCCAGUAUGGGGACACCUUCCACCAAAAAUCCUUCAGGAUGCACAGGGUCAAAGAGACAGAUGCCUAUGGCAUGAUCUCCCCCUUUGCUCGCCGACCCAGUGUCAACAGCGACCUGAAAUACAUCAAAUCCAAAGUCCUCAGAGAAGGGCAAACGAGAGAAAGGGAGAAAUGCACUAUUCAGUGAAGAAAGCUCUGCUGAGAUGGAGUCUAUACACUACGUGCAGUGCCUUAAAGAAAAUGGCUGACGGGAGCAAGUUCCUAAUGGACUUGGGAGCUACAGGUGAUGACAUGAGAGCAGUGCUUGAAACCACUUCGUCAAAAGUACCGCACCAUUUGUAUAAAGAAGUGACUUAAAGGGAAAUAUUGUAAAUACUUGAAGCUGCCUGGCAGGUGACUGCCAUGCCCAGCACCUGUGACUUGUUCCUUCUUCUUUUUAAAAACUACUUUUCUAUUUGGUGUUCUCUUCUUUGGAUAAACGGGGCGUGUGAAGAAGGCUGGAGCUCAGCAUUAUACCAGGAAUUAGUGCAGGAUGGGUCUGGCCUGCCCCACGUAGGAGUGCUGAGUUCUCAUCAAGCAGUAGGCAGUCUUUGGUGAGAAGAUGAACAUGUGCCAUUGUUUUCCUCCAGGUCUCUUCAGAAAUAAGACCCAUGAUUCAGUGUCCUGUCUUGGUUCUGUGGUGACUUCCAAUACAACUGUAUAUAUAAAAGGCAGGCAUGGAUCUCUGGAUUUGUCAGGUCAGAAGAAUGUUUGAACAUUUGGAAGUUGUGGGGAGAAAUGCACUUUUUUUGUGGCAGUGGCAAUUCUUCAUAGUGUCAAUGCAAAUGUCGCUUUUGCAUUAGAGCUUUAACUUUGUUUUUGUUUCUCAAGCAACAGCCAGAUGGCAGACUGUCUGUUUUAACUGAAAUGUGAGCUAAUCAGCAAGUAUGAUCUGGAAAUGCCAACUGUUUUCCAGUUACAUAAUGUGUACAGUAACUAAAAUUGUUGUACUGUAAAAAAAAACCAGCACAUCUGACAGCUUCAUGUGAUUUUGCUUCAUUCAAUUUUCUGUUCUUUGAAAGAACUAUAUAUAUAUAUAUACUUGGGACACUUUACUAUUUCCUAUUUACAAAUCCCACCUGCCUCCCAUUCCAAUUAUCUUAUAAUGUGUCUGUUCUAUACUCCACUGUAUACAACCACCGUGGGUAUGAUCUAUCCAGUGGCCAACACCCGCUUUUUUUUACACUAACAAGGCUGAUGCAUGCCUACUCAGAAGUAAGCACCACUGAGUUCAGUCUGACUCCCAGGUAGCAAUGGAUGAGUCUGUCCAUUUCAGUUUCUCUCUGCUUCUCAUUUUUCCAGUCUUAUGUUCAGUUCUCCACAUUUUCUCAUCAGUUUGCAAACAUUUUUUUAAAAAUAGGUCUCAUGAAAAUUCACCCUCAUUUUACUGUGUAUUUUGCCUAAAUUAUUGUUUUUCUGCCCAGUAUAUGCAUUUUUGCAGGCACUUCCCCAAAUUUAACAUGUAUUAGUUAUUUUCACAAACGUAUGUGAUUUUGCUCAUGCUGUCCCCUAAUAUAUGCAUUUUCAUUUUAUCUGGCUAAAGAACUACAGCAUAAAAUUUGGAGAAGUAAAAUGAUUAUUACUUCCAAGUUGGCAUGAUUAGGACUGACCUUCAACUGGCCCCAGUGUUCCUAGUGUUCAAAUGUCUGGAAAAUGUUAUCAUAACAGGAUCUUGUUCACAGGAUCACAAAAAUAUAUAAGGUGUGAAGUUUAGUUUAGGAUGUGACUGUCUUCUAAAUCACAUUCGCUGAAGCGGGGUCACCGGUGUACUGAAUGAGUGUGUGCAAAUGGAGUUUUCUUUUAAGAUGGUAAAACAUCUCUCUCUUUUUUAAAAAAGAAAAAACAGCAUAAAACCCAUGGUUUUGCUUCUGUCAAAGCCAUCUGUUCAUAGCAAGAUUCCUGCAGAGAAAAAUAGUCAUGUCCAAAUGAGACCUGUCUGUCACUCAAGCCCUGUUUUAAAAUCUAGUACCCAAGUGGCUCUUGAGACCUGGAGGAUCUUUGUAAAGAGGAGGGAAAUUUCACUCAGAACCACUUCAUGAUGACAGGACACAAACACACCCUUUUAACAGUGGCUCCUUUCCCUGCUUAGACCCGUGACAGCUCUCUGCUCAUAAUGGACAUGUUUAUCUGAGCAGAACAUGGGGUUUUGCAUGCCUCGGACGUACUGCAGAAGUUGGCUACCCAUUCACCAUGAACAGGGAGCUGCCACAGGUUUAAGAAUGGGACACCAGGCCCAUCUCUUCUUAAUUCUCCCUCUUGUCCCCAUGUGGAGGUCCUCUGCCCACAGCUCUCUUCUUUCUUCUCACUUCACCUUUGCUAAUUCAGAGUGCUGACGCAACUGUGUGCACUAAAAACAGACAUUUUAAGAAAAAAAUACCUCAGACAUGGGUAUGCAUUGUAGUGUGUGCGCGAGUGUAUGUGAUUGAAUGCAAUGAGGGGGAACUUCAGUCUUAGUAGUGUUGACACUGUAGACAACGUGGAUUGAUACGCUGUACCAGCCCUUGAAUAUUUGACUAUACCUCAUAUUCUGUAUAUAUGUAAAUAGUGCUGUGUGUACACUGUUUAACGUUGCAAGUUCUGCUGAUGCUGAAUGAAUAUUCCCUCUGCCGUCUGACUGGUAACAGAGGCUUAAGGGUAGUAGCCCCUAACAGACAAAUAUCCCCCAUCUGAUUGUAGGGGUUUAAACUAGGUGACUUUUGGGGUCCCUACAAACUCUACUGUUCUGUGAUUCCAUGAUUCUGAACCCUCCUUCCCUCGCAAAUGUAAAAUACAGUAUUGUUUGGUUUCUAGUGCCAUGGCAACCUUCUCUAUUAUUUUCAGGUGUCUCACAACUUGCAUUAAUAUAGAUCUAUAUUCCUUUCCAAAUAAACCUGAUUUAUUUAUUA